ACCCCGUGCAACGCGGCUCGCCGGCCGCCGCGCGAAGAUUCACCCACUGCGCGAUACCCUCUUUAGUCACCUUCGCAUACGCGCGUCCUUGACUCUCAGGUUUACCCUAGGCGAGCGUCGGACCAUUUUAAUCGUAGAACCGUGAUUUCUUUCAGCGACGUAAACGGAACGAAAAGUGACCGUCAACGCGCGUGCGUGUAGAUCCAGAUCGCCGGGGGUGCGUGCCCGUCGAAGGUCACGGUGAAUUAGACAAACGGUAAAAGAGAAGAGACAAGGGAGACGGCGUGGUUAGAGAGUGGAGGCGAACGGAAAUAGGAUUCCGCGCAAAAGCCGGUAGCGGCCGCCGCCGGUCCCCCACUCGCUAACUUGUUGAGUCUCUCUCGGCAGGUGUGUGUGCGUUCGAAAUACCCGGGACCACGAUGACGAACUACCGCUGCUGUCUGCUGCUCCUGCUGCUCGCCGGCACCAUACGAGCGAACGUGUCCUCGAACAGGAACAACGUGCACAACGAUCCCCUGGUGGUCGACACUACCAGCGGACGGGUCCGAGGAUUCGCUCGCACCGUUCUCGACAAAGAGGUUCACAUAUUCUAUGGGAUACCGUUCGCAAAACCGCCCAUAGGACCAUUGAGAUUCAGGAAACCGUUGCCGAUAGAACCCUGGCACGGUACGCUGAACGCCACCGUAUUACCUAACAGCUGCUACCAGGAGAGGUACGAGUAUUUCCCCGGAUUCCCCGGGGAGGAGAUGUGGAACCCUAACACGAACAUCUCGGAGGACUGUUUGUACUUGAACAUAUGGGUACCUCAGAAGAUCAGGAUGAGGCACAAGGGCUCGGAUCCUCCGAACAACGGCGAUAAGAAUGGUUUACCUUUACUGGUAUGGAUCUACGGGGGUGGCUUCAUGAGCGGCACUGCCACCCUUGACGUCUACGACGCGGACAUCAUGGCAGCCACCAGCAACGUCAUCAUCGCGUCGAUGCAAUACAGGGUAGGCGCUUUCGGGUUUCUUUACCUGAACAAACAUUUCACCAACAGCGAGGAAGCGCCGGGGAACAUGGGACUCUGGGAUCAAGCUCUGGCACUCAGGUGGCUCAGGGACAACGCCGUCGCUUUCGGCGGCGACCCUGAACUCAUCACGAUCUUCGGAGAGUCUGCCGGUGGCAGCUCCGUCUCCUUGCAUCUGAUCUCUCCCGUUACUCGAGGUCUCGUACGUCGCGGUAUUCUUCAAAGCGGAACUCUGAACGCCCCAUGGAGCUACAUGACCGGUGAGAAGGCGAACGAAGUCGCCAGGAUACUCGUAGACGACUGCGGAUGCAAUUCGACGAUGUUACAAGAGAAUCCCGCGAGGGUCAUGGCUUGCAUGAGGUCCGUCGACGCGAAGACCAUCUCCGUGCAGCAAUGGAACAGUUAUUGGGGCAUUCUGGGAUUCCCCUCCGCGCCCACCAUCGACGGUAUCUUUUUACCUAAGCAUCCUCUGGACCUCCUCAGGGAAGCCGACUUCAAGGACACAGAAAUACUUAUCGGGAAUAAUGAAAACGAAGGUAAGAAUUUCAGUUUUCACUAG